GCAGCAAAAUGUGAGGUAUAUGUGUGUUUUGAGGGUCCCCUAGGUUCGCAUCUGAAGCCGGAAUUGAGGGAGAAAAUCGUGAAGGGUGAGUAUGUGGAGAUUUUUUCCUUGCUUCCUCUUGAGAAAUUUAAUUUAGAUAGGGUUAAGCCCGAUGAUUCAAAAAAAGAGGACGAGGAGAAGAGGCGUUACCGCCUCAUCCCUCGCACCUUUGGAAAUUGGCUGCAGGCCUAUGCAAUACUGGCCAGUGUUAUUGGCGAUAAGAAGCCAGAACACUGUGCAGCAUUGUUUUGUUACAUGGAUGCGAUCGGGGAAGCGCACCGGGUUUAUGGGGGUACGGGGUGGCUGCGUUACGACGAGCAAUUUCGGCAGCGUAUGGCGGUACGGCCGUCCAUCAGGUGGGACCACAAGGACAUCACCUUGUGGAUGCGACUUAUGUCUGCGCCGCGGGCACCGGGUCAGUUUUUUCAGGGGGGGGCCGGGGGGGCCGCAGCCUCGGGACCGUCGGCCGGAAAAAAGUGGGGAGUUUGCUGGCAGUUUAACGAGGGGUCCUGCAAGUUUGGAGGAUCUUGUCGUUUCAAACACGAGUGCUCGGGUUGCGGGGGUAACCACCCUCUGUCCAAGUGCUUUAAGCGUAGCAAGCGGGGUGGCGAGUCUGCGGGAAAGGGGGGUGACGCCGGUGAAAGUGGAAAGGAUGCUUCCUUUUCUAGGUAGGUAUCCAGACAUCGCGGCCGCGCAAUUGCUAACUUCGGGUUUUACGGAGGGGUUUCGCAUACCGUGUACAUUGUCAACAGCGCCUCCGCUGGCAAGGAAUUUGCGAUCCGCUUUGGAACACCCGGAGGUAGUUACGGAAAAAUUGAGAAAGGAGGUGUUGCUGGGGCGGAUGGGGGGGCCAUUUAAGGAACAACCGAUACGGGAUUUGGUGGUUUCUCCGCUGGGGGUGGUACCCAAGAAGGAACCCAACAAAUUCCGCCUCAUUCACCACCUCUCUUUUCCAAAAGGGGGGUCGGUGAACGAUGCCAUUGACCCGGAAGCAUGUACGGUGUCUUACACGUCAUUUGAUGCGGCGGUGAGCUGGGUGCGGAGGUAUGGAAAAGGGGCACUUAUGGCAAAAUCGGACAUCGAAGCCGCUUUCCGAUUGUUGCCGGUACACCCAGACAGUUUUCGCCUGUUGGGCUGCCGGUGGCAGGAGGAAUUUUAUGUGGAUCGGUGUCUGCCCAUGGGUUGCUCCAUUUCAUGUGCGUUUUUUGAAACGUUCAGUUCCUUCUUGGAAUGGGUGGUCCGGGAUGUGGCUAGGGUGGACUCUGUGGUCCACUAUUUGGAUGACUUCUUGUGCGUGGGACCCCCUUCCUCCAGAGUGUGUGCGAUUCUAUUGGCAACAUUGCAGCACAUUGCGGGAAGAUUUGGGGUCCCCUUGGCGGCGGACAAGACGGAAGGCCCUACUACGGAGCUCAGUUUUCUGGGGAUUGUGAUCGAUUCCCAGGCAAUGGAGUGCCGGUUGCCGCCGGACAAGGUGGAGAAUCUUAGGCUGGUGAUUCGGGAUUUUCUGGGGCGCAACAAGGUCACACUAAGGGAAUUGCAAUCAUUACUGGGAAAAUUCAAUUUUGCGUGUCGGAUCAUACCCAUGGGGAGGGUGUUUUGCCAACGGCUGUCGGCAGCCACCGCAGGGGCGAAAUCGCCUAGGCAUUUCAUAAGAUUGACCAGGGAACUGAAGGAGGACCUGAGAGUAUGGCACACGUUUCUGGAAACAUUUAAUGGGCGGUCGGUUUGGAUGGAGGGGCCUGUUAGUAACUUCGACUUGGACUUAGUCACGGACGCGGCUGGGUCGACGGGGUACGGGGCCUUUUUUCGGGGCCGUUGGAGUGCGGAACCUUGGCCUGAUUCAUGGAAGGAGGCGGGUUUCCUCAAGAACUUGGUACUGCUGGAGUUGUUUCCAGUGGUUCUGGCAAUGGAAUUGUGGGGGGAAGAGUGGAAAAAUUUGAAGGUGAGGCUAAAUUGCGACAAUAUGGGGGUAGUGCAGGUCAUCAACCGGAUCUCCGCUUCCUCACUGCCGGUGGUCCGGUUGCUGAGACAUUUGGUACUACGGUGUCUGCAGUUUAAUGUCUUUCUAUAUGCGGUGCACAUACCGGGGGUAGACAACACGCUCGCUGACUCUCUGUCUCGUUUUCAGUGGGGCAGGUUCAGGGAGUUGGCUCCUACGGCAGAGCGGACCGGGGUGCCUUGCCCGGCGUGGCUUUGGGACACUGCUUUGGACUUGCCGCGCGUUGGAUCCAACGGUCGGUGAGUGGGGCGACGUGGACGGCGUACUCCAGAGUCUGGGUGGAAUGGUUCGAGUUCCUGCGACAGGUUGGGGUUGAUUUGGGGGGUGGGGGUAAGGAAGGCGUUUGGUUAGUGCUGUAUUUCGUUUCUAGGCACAUGGAAGAUGGGGGGUCUGUUUCCGCCAUUGAACGCAAGCUGGCGGGGCUAGCAUUCCUUUUUAAAUUACAGGGGUUGCAAGAUUUUACAAAGAAUUUUUGGGUUAAACAAACGGUGAAGGGAUACCGGCGGGGUAAGGUGCGGAGGGAUUUGCGUAGACCGGUGUCGUUCGCAGUGCUUCAAGCGAUCUGCGGCAAGCUGGGGGAGGUGUGUUCGUCAGGAUAUGAGGGGAUCCUUUUUCGGGCGGUUUUUGCGGUGGCGUUUUUUGGGGCUUUUCGGUUGGGUGAAUUGGUUAGCCCGUCAAAAUCGGUGGAGGGUGGAUUCGGUUUUCAAGAUGUGCGAGUGGAGGGGGACAGGGUGGUGAUCAUGUUGCGCCGGUCAAAGACGGACCAGGUGGGGAGGGGAACACGGGUGGUGCUUUAUGCAUUACCGGUUUCAGAGGUGUGUCCGGUUAGAGCGGUUGGGGAGUUUGUGUGCGUUCGCCCGAUAGGGCUGGGGGCAUUUUUUACACACAGGGAUGGGACGUUUUUGUCUAAAUUUCAGUUUGUACAGGUGUUCAGAAAAUGCUUGUGUGCAGCGGGGUAUGACGGAAAACGGUAUGCUUUGCACUCCUUCCGCAUCGGGGCGGCCACAGAGGCUGCACGGUGCGGGUUGGAUGAGGCGGCCGUUAGGAAAAUAGGCAGGUGGGAAUCUAGGAGAUUCCGCUCCUAUGUGCGUCCACAUUUGCUGAAUGAUUAAGGGUGAUGCGUGGGGACAACGGGACAAAAGGGGAUGUGUUAUGGCUGGAGUGGUAAGGUUAAGACGAAGGUUUGGUGUUAUAUAGCUACAAAAAAUUGUUUUUAUUGCAGAUGACAUCUUCCCGUGCCUCGUAUGGAUUGUAGGGCACUCUUACGUGUUCUGGGGUGCCAGGAGAGCCGACGCCCGACCGGAUGGCAGGCAACUGGGCAUUUCUAGGCGGGAGGCAUGUGUUCGCUGGCUGGGUUUUCGGGGGAUGGAAUGGAGCAGGGUGGUUCCUGAAGUCGGCCAUUAUGCCCGGCUCGAUCGCCCCCCAGAUGUGCUGGUUUUACAUGUGGGGGGAAACGAUUUGGGUGUCCGGCCGAUGGGUGAGCUGAUACUGGCAAUUAAGGCGGACUUUAUGUCCCUGCGAAUGUCAUUCCCAGGGUUGAUCAUAGUAUGGUCAGAUAUGGUGGUUAGGACGGCAUGGCGGACGGCUAGAUCAGUGCAUAGGCUGAACAAGGCUAGGAUAAAAGUCAAUCAAGUGGUGGGGAGGUUUGUGGCACGUAACGGGGGAAUAGUCAUACGGCACUCUGAGUUGGAGAGGGAUGUGGGUUUGUUUCACAGGAGGGACGGAGUUCACCUAUCUGAUAUAGGGAUUGAUCUAUGGACCUUGGGGUUGGAGGAUGGAAUCCGUAGGGCCCUGCGGGUGUGGGGUGGCCCUCGAGGAUAAGGGGUUAACCUCUCAGGCUGUGGCGGUGUCAGGUGGUCCAGGAGGUCAAAGAAAGGAACAGUUAAGACGGAAGUUGGGGGUCCAGCGGUUAUGGACCCUCUCCGUAUUCCACCGGAAUGGUGUCCGCUGGAACACGGGAAUUGGUGUACUGCGGGAUAGGGGGUGUUGCUAUGCCUUUAAGGCUGGCGGCUGGGGUUUGUUUAUGUCCCGCAGGAUAAUGGUGUAAAAUGUUAGGUGUGUUACUUCCUUGGACCACAUGUCUGUGUAUGGUUGCCAUUUUUUAUAUGGCUGUUUGGAAAAUGUAUUAUAUUUAUAAUUUUAAAAUAAUGUAAAAGUUAACAAAAUUCUUAUUAUGUAAAAAUGUGUUAAUAAAAGUUACGGCUGCUAUGGCCAAUUAUUCUCCAAUCUCAGGUGUUGCCUCAGUUCUUUAAUUUAGCUUAAGAGGGGGUGGUAUGGGUUGGUGUCGUAAUGGUCCAAUUUAGGGUAUCCAGGCUA